AUGGGAAAAACUUUGGAUGAAUUUGGGCUGGAUCGUCUAAUCCAUGAGACAAAUGAUGAAAUCAGAAGGACUCGGGAUAUUGUUGAUGCCUUAGAUGCACCAAUACCUGAUGUGUACAAGCAAGCAUGCUUAAGCCUCAAUCCAAAACAACAAGAUGCUUUUGACUCCAUUAUGGAACAUGUUACGACAGGACAACCAGGUGCAUUUUUUGUUGACGGGCCUGGGGGAACAGGAAAAACUUACCUAUAUUGUGCGCUUUAUGCAGCCACAAGGGCAAUGGGUAAAAUUGUGCUCCCUACUGCUACAUCAGGCAUAACAGAAUCCAAUAUAGUCAUUGGAAGAACAACACAUUCCCGAUUUAAGAUUCCAAUCGAUCUUGCUGUUUCAACCUCUUGUUCUGUUCCUAAACAAAUUAGCCUAGCUGCUUUGCUAAAAGAAACAUGUUUAAUAAUUUGGGAUGAAGCUUCAAUGGCAAAAAAGGAGAAUAUUGAAGCUGCGGAUAUUCUUUUGCGUGAUUUGUGUUCACCAUCUUUACCUUUUGGUGGGAAAGUCAUUGUUUUCGGAGGAGAUUUUAGGCAAGUAUUGCCUGUCGUGCCCAGGAAGUCACAAAGUGAAGCCAUGGAAGCAAGUUUAGUUUCUUCCUCUCUAUGGAACCAGUUUAAGAGAUUCAGGCUCACUGACAAUAUGAGGGAAAGGACAGAUAGCCAAUUUGCUGAUUUUUUGCUUGCCAUGGGCAAUGGUCAGCUGCAGACUGCAGAAAUUGAACAGAUUCAGGUGCCUGGGCAUAUAAUAGUGCCCUAUGAUGAAUCUAAUGUUGCUGUAGAUAGUCUUACUGAUUUUGUUUUCCUAGAGAUAAAAAUGACAGCCUCUAAUGAAGGCAUGUUUGUUGAUAGAGCAAUCUUGACUCCUCUCAAUGCUGCUGUAGAUGACAUAAACUCUACCCUAAUUGAUGAGUUCCCUGGAGAAUCUGUUUGUUAUAAAAGCUAUGAUUUAUUGCUUGAUGAUACAGGAAAUGUUUAUCCAACGGAGUUCUUAAAUACUCUUUCUCCUGGCGGUAUGAGUCCACAUGAAUUAGUGCUAAAGGAAAAUUGUCCUGUUAUCUUACUAAGAAACCUUGCUCCUGCAUCAGGUCUUUGCAAUGUCACUCGUAUGCUAUGUAAGAAUUUUUACCCUAAUAUAAUUGAGUGUGCCAUAAUAACUGGCCAUCAUGCAGGAGAGCAUGUUUUCAUCCCACGAAUAAAUCUGCGGCCAUCUGAGACACUUCACUAUCCAUUCAAGUUUCAAAGAAAACAGUUUCCUAUUAAGCUUAGCUUUACUAUGACCAUCAAUAAGGCUCAAGGACAAACUCUAUCACAGGUUGGCCUCUAUCUAAACACCCCUUGUUUCUCACAUGGGCAACUAUACGUAGGUCUAUCCAGGGCUCAAACAUCGGCUCAAAUUAAAGUUUUAUCUAAGCCUACAACAGAUCAGGUUUCAACAACAACGGUCAGAAAUGUUGUAUCCUUCAGCAUUCUUGAAAAGGCAGACAUCAUCUAG